UUAAAUCUUCUUUUGUGGUGGGUUUUGAGAAUCACUGCCGGUUUAUUCAUGGCAUGAAGGAAUUCGGUUUAAAUCGACCGGUAUCAUUUGUCAUGCGUGCAGUUUUUGUUACCAAGCCGUCUAGCUCCCCUUCCUGUCACAUCUACUUAGGCAAUAAUUUAUGGACCUGCUGUAUAUGACUGGGUUAAAAAACUUGAUAUUAAAUUUUUUUCUGGAUUAUUUUACGUGACUUGCUACUUUUAUAUUGAUUUACUAAUUGAAUUGAUGUCAUUUGUUUAUGACUUUUUUGUAGUAACGAUUUGAGGGUGUGGCGGAGCCAACAUUUUGUGCAAUUAUUCACAUGUGUGACCUUAAAUUUGUUUAUUCAAAUUUUAUUUACUUUAUUUUUUAAUAAGCGGAUUUGUGUUUUGAGUAGUCGUGAUUUAAGCCACCUACAAGUCCACGUGUUUUUUUUAAUAAAGUAGUAAAGUCGAGUUGCAAGUACAAUUUAUAAGUAAACCAUCAUCGGAGUUGCACAAUGGUAAAGUCAAAACGACAUAAAUUAUAUGAAUAAUUUGUAAUUAAUUGAAUUAUGAACAAUCUCAUAAAUAUGGAUUCGUAAACCCACAAGCCGACGACGCAUCUGUUUCUAUAAAUCGCACCUCAUCAUCACCUUCUGCUUAUAAAUUUUUAAUAAACUUAUUUGUAAACAAUUUAAAAAUUGCAUAUGGAGGUUACACCUUCUUAGCGCCUAUGCCUAAUGAAUUUUUCACGAGACUCAAUUACAAAAUUAUUAUUGAAAAAUUUCAAAACUGAAUUGAAGGCCCGAUGCCUGUAUGUAAUUAGGAUUAUUUAUUGCCAAUAAUUUACAUCAGUUAAUGGACUUGUGGCAGGUUUUUUAACAAUAAAUCAAUUCGAUUGCCGAUUUAAAAAUGUAUUUAGGCAAGCGUUUGCAUAUUUAACAAUAAAAAAAGUUUAUUAUUCAGGAUUCAAAAACUGCUUAUGCAACCAAAUAUAUAACAAGUGUAUGGCCUAGACGAAGCAAAUGAAACUUUUAAUUCCAACUUAAAGUAAUUCGAAUUAGGUUGCUUUGCACUAAGAAACAAUAAAUUAGUUCCUAAUUAAAUUAAAUUAAAACCCACGGACCACUGAUUAUUUUCCCGGUAACAAAGAAACCUGUAUUUCUACAUUUUGACAAGCAGCCUAACCUAAUUUUUUCUAAGUAAUCACAUUGCAAUAUUUUUUAUUUGAUCCCGAUGUCGAUUCAAUACGGAAGGGUAGUUUCCCUUAUUUUACUCGAACGUUUCGGCCCCGUGGUCGAGAAGGUGGGCACUUACUUGUUUCAGUACGGAACUGUGCCCCUUCUGUACAUCAAAAAGCACACAGAUUUGCCCAUAUCUAAGGUCAAGGAAGCUUUAUGUAUUUUAAUAAAGUACAGAUUGGUCACGUUCACCCCCAAUCGCAAUGAAAACGUUGCAAAUUAUACACUGCAACAUGAGCGUGUUUUAUUAAUGUUGCGCUACGCCAAAUACAUUAAUUUAAUUAAAAAGAAAUUUGGGACUGAGUGUGAAUUAAUUAUGGAAGAAUUGCUACAGCGGAGCUACUGGACGGCGUCUGAAUUAAUCCUGAAAGUGAUUGAGAGACUGAAAAAAGAUCAUAACAAAAACGUGACAAUUUUAGCUUUAAGAGAAAAAUUUUUUUCAUUGUUGGCCGCGCAAUAUUUGAUACGGUUGCCGUAUAGUAUGGAAGAUAAACCUGUUCCUAGUUUAGUGAUAAAAGAGACGGAACAGUUUGCACCUCCGACAAUUGAUUUUAAACAAAUUGCCUUAGUUCAGAGCAAUAAAGCACCAGUGGAUUCUCUCCCUGACCAGGGCGUUUACUGGACUGUUAACUUCGAUAGGUUUCAUCAAGACAUGAGAGACAAAUUAAUUGUGAAUGCUUUUAUUAAAAAGUUUGACGAAAACGCGGGUGAAUUUGUCAGACUUUUGCUACAACAAAUGUACAUUAGGACACAGCCUUGGGCUGAGGUCUCGAAUCCAGUCCCUAUUGUUGAAAUUCGGGACCUUGUAAGGAAACAAGCCACUCAUCAACACCUUUUGGCGUUUUUUGACCAAUACGUUAAUGUCUUGGAGCAAGACAGUUCUAAAUUAAUUAGACAGUCGGGAGAGGCAGGUGGCGGUUCUUUUCAAAUUUUUCUGAAAGAGACGUUCACUCAAUUUGCAUGGGAGACUGUGGAACAGAUAGUUUUGGAAAAAUUCGAUACUAAAGCCGCCCGGAUUUUCCGUCUUGUUAAGUCGAAACAAUACAUAGAACCGGAUCAGAUUCAACAACUGGCAAUGAUUCCGGCUAAAGAAGCAAAACGGCUCUCUUAUCAGCUCCUGGAAGAGAAUUUUUUGCAAGUCCAGGAUUUGAAAAAAUCGACCAGUAAUGGUCCUAAUAAAAGCUUCACUUUGUUUUAUACAAACUUGGACCAAAUCGUGCGAAUGACUCUAGAAUUGUGUUAUAAAACUUUAUUUAAUAUUAUGACUAGAAAAAAUCACGAAAGGUUGGUUCAUAAGAGAAUUAUCGAUAAGAAACAACGUGUUGACACGAUUAUUAUGGGGAUGAGGGCACAGGGGGCGGCAGACGAGCAAUUAUCUGACAUUGAGGAAAUGAUCACGCCACCAGAACGAGAAAUUUUGCAGAAAAUCGACGUGAUUAUGAAGAAAUUAAACACCGUCGAGUUGGAAGUCGACGAGACGAUAUUUUUGUUACAAAUGUAUUUAAUUUAUCAAUAAAUUCGAUUUUUGAAAA